AUGGGUGUUAAACUUUUGUCCCUGCCUCGUGUGGUAUUCGCACAGGUUUUGAGAGAAAUGCAAUUGUUCGAAGUAUUCGAACUGUCCCAAGUCUCCAAAAACAUGUAUACCCGAAUAAAACGAGUCAGACGAAAACUAAAACCAAUCACAGUAAGCCAUGGAUACUCGAGAAGUGAAAUCAGUGCCACCGAGUCCCCCGGAUGCAAUUUUGAUUUGAAUUUUCGCUUCGAGCAACGAAUGGAUUCAGUUGUGAUUCGAAAAUUAAACAUUCGAGAUCUCAAAAUCGAAGUCAGCGAAAAAAUCGAAACACGAAAAACAUUUUUGUGUUUUGAGGAUCAAUUCCUGACUGUAAUGAUUCCAUUAUUGAAGCAUUUGAUGGAUUUAUUCAAUAUGAAAUACACCACACUUCUCGUUAAUUAUGACAGAAUAUCAGAGGAUUUUUUCCAUCCAACAGCCCGUACCAUUCCACGCAUACUAAUUGAAUUCGCCUAUUCCGUUUGCCCAGUUUUCGUGAUGAACCAGGAAAUGAUCACCAUCCUCCACCAUGAUUAUGAAGUCGAAAGUUUGAAUUGGCUGCUGAAAUUCUGGUUAUCCGAGAGGAAUACAAAAUUCCAAAAGCUGACUUUGGGAUGUUUUUGGACACCUCCAAAUUUUAAUGUUUUAUUAAAAGGUGUGAAAUAUAUGGAAUGGGAUGAGAAGAGGAGACCCAGAUAUUAUGAAUACCAAGAAACAUAUUUCCCAAUAAAGAUCGAUUGUAAGGAUGGGUUUGAUUUGAGAAGAGAUGACGGAGUUCUAGCGACAAUUGCUCAUGAUAAAGAAAGAAAAAUGCUACAUUUUAUUGUUUGGAACCAAAGACAGUGA